UCCGGUGAACAAUAAAGGCACAUUAUGAAUUUUACAUCGCUUGUGCUGGUUGCAGGCAGCAAGUAAGAUAGGCACUUUUGCCCAUUCCCGUUUUUUCCCUUAGCAGAACCGUAAGUCACUUUGUUAACAAGUGCAGCAAUGAUUUAGCACUACCCUAAGCCUUCUUCCGCCGCUUGCGUAGUAGCAACGCGUGCUUUUGAGCGAGAGGCCGUAGCGGACACGGGGCCAUCGCAUCUUCGUCAAGCUGGCCGCGUCAAGCAAACGGCCCGAGAGCUUCAAUGUCGAUCUACAUGGAAACUAAACUACCUGAUGCAGUACUGCUCGAGAUAUUUCUCUAUCUUUCUCGUCGAGAUCUCGGUGUGGUAGCCAGAGUUUGCAAGCAAUGGAGAAGGAUUGCGUACGAUCCGUCGCUUUGGCGCACCGUCGAUCUGAACGAGUUGCUAGCUUGGACUACGAUCGAUGAAGCGACUUUGUUGAUGCUGAUAAAAACUCGCUUAGCAUCAGCCACAGCGUUAAAUCUUGCGGGUUGUUCAGUAACCCCUAAAGUAGCCAAAGAACUGGCAAAAAAAUGCCGUCGAUUGAAAAGUUUAGUGUCGUUUGGGACCGAGGUAAAUACGGAGCACAUUCGUGAAAGCAUACGAGACUUUCCUACGACGCUCGAAUUAAUGGAUCUUAGAUACUCCUGGGGAGAUUUCAGUUUUAUGAGGAGACUACCAAGACAUUUUACAAACGUCAGAUACUUGGGGCUUGGUUCAGACGCUGCUGAAUGCCUUAUUCCUGAUAUUUUCACAAAGAUGCGGUCAUUACGCGUCUUCGAGUGUACGGAUAGCGAAAUCUUGAAUGACGAUGCGCUGCUCAAAAUCUCAACAAACUGCCCGCAACUACAGUCUUUAUGUUUAAAUGAGUGUAAAAAUUUCCACGGAAAACACCUUCGAAAGGUAAUGGAAAAUUGUCCUCAUAUAACAAGUUUAUUGAUACGAUUUACAAAGCUCAAUGACGUAGCGUUGAUGUCCGUAAAUUGGGACAGAACAAAGGUGCAGGAACUCGACCUUACGGGGUGCUACUUCGUCACAACUACUGGGCUCUCUAGCGUACUAACACGUCUUCCGAACGUCCGAUACUUUAAAAUGAAUCAAUGUGGUUUCCGGCAUAUUCUACAUUUGCGGAUAUAUCAAGAAAUCAAACCUACGGCGAAAUAUUCCAGCUUGGAAACACUAGACCUGAGAUGGAAUUUUCUUCUUUCGGCGGAGUGUUUAGAAGGUUUGCUUCGCCAAGCACCUAACCUAAGGUACUUGGGGGUGAGCCAUUCUCCUAGGAUACCCCCGGCGGUUUUGGCAGCGAUGCUAAAAUUCGUGCCGAACUUGAAGGUGCUAGAGUUUGGACCACUUCGCAAGGAAAGCCUAUCCGAAAGCCACCUUGUACCCAACUUAAUUCAGUCCUGCCCGUCCCUAGAAGCGGUGUCCCUAAUUAACUUCAAGCUGAUCGAUGAUGUGGAUGCAAAUAUGCUACAAGAAUUGCGAGGCAAGUGUAAAAACAUCAAAGAGGUGAAGCUUUGUAAUCCAAGGAUUGAGCAUGUGGCCAUUGGGAACAAUGGGGAGACGAUAACUGUAGAGAGACUGCUUAUCAAGAUGGAAAGCCUACUCCCCAGCCCCCAUAACACUUUAACAAAGGUAAUAAGCUUGACUCACAAAUAAUAUUCAAUACCCUUAUAAAUGUAAAUAAAACUGCUAGAGAAGUAUUGGUGUAUUUAGAGAUGAGGAGUUGGAGAGCCUACAUAGUCACGCCCUCUGCCCCCUUACCUCUCUGCCACACCCCCUAUGUUAGCUUGGUUUUUUUAAAUAAUGCAAAUUAUGUGGUGAUUUUAAUUGUAAAGUAGUUAAGGGUUUGUGUUGUAUUGUGUAUAAUUUGUCAUAGCUUUUAAACAUCAAUAAUAUCAUAUCUUGUGGAUAUAAUUCUCUUAUGAAUCCAGUUUUAUUAACUUCUAUAAAAGAUUAACUGCAAUCAGGUUAUGUUUAUCUGCAUAUCUAUGUGCAUAUAGCAAUUAUAGCUUUAUGAGCUACACAUUUUGAAUUCUUUAAAUGGUCACAAUUGCGACCUUUACAACAUCAUUCAAUCAGAAGCUCAGGUUUUAUUGAAAAUUCUGGAAAGCUUCACCAUCAGCUCAACAAUACCAAACAUAUGUAACAUCUUUUAGCCUUAGCAACAUUAUUUAUGCUGGUUGUGUACUAAGGAUUUAGGGAGUGAAGUCUUUGAUUGUGAAGAUUGUUAAGGCUAAAUAAGGUGUUUCAUUUGUUUCUUUUAAUAUUCACCCACUAACCAUAUGUGUUAUGUAUAAAAAGCAUUGCCCUGUAAUACCCAUUCCUACAUCGUGAAUAGUAUGCACUCAGAAUUCUGUAAUUAAGGAAUGCAUAAUGACCUUCAAUUUAUCAUAAGGCAGCCUCAUCAUCUAACUUGCAACAUUUAUACCCGUUUUGUAACAUCAAAAAUCAAGUUUCCUAUAACUGGUCAUUUGGUAAAGGGCAAUGUUUUUAUGUAUUAUGCUCUAUUGUGAAUCACAAGUGACAAAGUUUACUUAGGAAUUUGAAGUGCAAUGUAUCAAAACUUUAUAUAUGGAGAUUCUACCAUGCCUUUGUCUAGAACAUUGUCUGGGAUUGAUCCAAAGGAUCUGCACAUAUUUCAGUUAAAAAAAAUAUAUAUAUACAUAUUUUUAAACUCAAUCCACUUAAUUGAGCUGAAAAGUUGUGAACUUGACAAAUGUUUUUUUUACAAGAUAUUUAAAAGUCAAUGCGAUCAGUGGUGCAUGAACAAGUGUUUUAAGGAGCUUACUUUUAUUUACUGUGCUUUUCCUUAAACAGUGACUGAUGGCAUCUAUUUGUUGCUUCACCAAUUCACCUUUUAUGCCUAUUUGUAAAUAUACAAGCUUUUGUAGUAAAACUGUACAGCUAUUUCAAAACCAACAGGGCACAGCUAUUAUUAUUAUUGAAGAUCCCACAGUGCUUAUCCAGAUACAUAAUAUAGAAUGUUUUCACUCAGUGGUAUGUAGAAGCAUUAAGGUAGAUAGGUGACAGAGGCAUAGCUAAAAAGGGCAGGUCCCAAACAUGUUUUAACUGAGAUGGCAAUUCUACUGUACCAGUAGGGAAUUGCUGUUAAUAAAUCAUUACAAUCCAUUUCUAUUGAAUAUUUUGACAGAGUUAUCAGAUACACCAGAGAGUUUGUUUCCUGGUUGAUCACAUAGUACUUAUUAUAGUCAUGUUUUGUAGUGGCAAUUUGCCCUUCUUGUUUAAUGUUAGCUAUGCCUUUGAAAAGAAAAAGAUAAAAUUAUGGUUGCUUACAUAUUAUUUGGGACAUACAAGUGAGUAAGAAGUCCUUUAAGAAUAAGUAAAGACUAAAUAUCCUGAUUUUAGUAUGUUUAGUGCAAAACAACUUUUAUUGUUGUUUUGUAGUCAGACUGAUUGAUUUUUGCAAGGACAAACAUAUUUGCCACCUUUGAGAGGUGAAUACAGGCAACUUGCAUAAAGAAGUCAUAUGACAUUUUGGGUGGCCAACUUGUGCAAGCUCAGGGUUGUUACAGCCAAAUAACAAAACAAAAUGCAAAGUUUUCAGUGCUUGUGAAUCAGUUAAAGUGUCUUUGUCUGAAAGGGCCGUCAAGCCUCUCUGGCUUGAUAGUUGCAGCCAUUUCUGGGGUUUGUUUUGUCUUGAAUUUGCUCCCAAAAAAGUCACAUGAUUUUUUAGGCAUAAAGGUUGAAAAUGUCGAUUUCAAAGCGUCCCUUUGCAGAAUAAGAAAAAAAAUGUUUACUUUUGAAACAAUAAAUCGGUGCUAGAAAUCA